CAUUACCUACCUUACCUUACCUAACUGCAGUCCACUGCUGUUGGCUCUGCGACCUGCCAGACGCUUUCCUCCACCUUUUCGCCUGAGCCCGAACCCGAACGACGAUCCCAUCUUGGAACCGACUCGUCCUUCUUACUCCUGCAGUCUACGACCUUAGCCCGCCCAAGUAGCGUGUCUCCCCAUUGAGCCUCUUUCGCUGUUGCGCAUCUCAACUCCCACCUUCUCUCCCCUUUGACAUCGCCAUCCUCACCUCAACUCGUCGGACACAAACCCCGACCUGCUGCCCCAGGAACCGAUGCUCGCGAUCCCGACCCUGUCAGCCCAGUCCUGUGUGCUGCUUCUGCUUCCACACUUCCAAUCUCUUCUGCAACGGGCCCCCGCAGCCGCCGCCACGACCUCCUCACGCUGAGGGCACCGCCGGCGCUUCUUGACACCAAGACCCCGAUUCGCCUUCCAGCCUGCCCUCCUCUCCUAUUCUCGACUCGACUCGACCCGCCGAGCCUUGCUUUCUCUCCCCCUCUCUCUGAUUGCCGCCUGCCGGUCCGACUUUUACUAUCGUCGCCUCACCACGCCUCUCCAACGUGCUAUCGCACCUCUACCUCCACCUCUUCUCCUCUCCUCCGUCACUGAGCCGCCGAUCAAACGCUGCCAGCCAUGAACUUCGAUUCGGGCACUGCUUACGCAGAGUCGGAUGCCGACGACGAAUACGAGCGCAGUCUGGGGCCCAACUCGCCUGUCGCCGACGAUGAAGGCUCGCCAAUCGACUCCGAGCUCCCCUCUUCCAACGAGCAUACGCCCACGACCUACGGUCACCGUAGCAGCGCCGACCGCCUGCCCGAGACCAUCAUUUCCGAGUGGACCGCCGAUGAGUGCGCCGAUUUCAUCAGCACAAUCGGUUUGGCGCAAUAUGCCGACAGCUUUGUUGAAAACGAGAUUGUCGGCGAAGCCUUGGUUGCCCUACAACACGAUGACCUGAAGUCUAUGGGCAUUGCCAGUGUUGGCCAUCGCCUCACUAUCCUGAAGAGCGUUUAUGAUGUAAAGAAGGCCCAGGACAUACCAAUAGAGAGCGACCAUUAUGUGCCGUUAUCUGCCGAUGCGGAGGCCCAGUACGCGACAGCAACCCUCAAGGAUAUUAAGCACUUGGUUGAGCAGCUCCGCCUACGAGACGAGAGAAUGAGCAUGGUAGAGAAGGACCUGCGUCGACUCUCCGAAGACUUCAGACGGCUGAGGGAGGAUAUGCUGCCUGCGUUACGCUUGGCAAAGGAUUCAUCACAACCGCUGCCCAACGUCUCCAACAACAGCAACCAGGGCUAUGGCUACGAGACCGUAUCGCCCCCCGCUCCAACACCCUCAUCCACUCAGUCGAUGAGCCUGCAACGGCAGUACUCUACCAAGAGAAUCAUGCUAGGAACAACGCCAAAAAACAACUCGCCGUCACACCUGCAAACAACGCACGAAAGGUCGAUGGAACAAACGCUGGAUCCCUCAAAUGCUGCGGAACGAGCCGUGUUAUCUUCAUCGCAUCUGGCAGCGAUGAACGGUUCAGCCACGGCUACAUCUCCCGGUUAUCCAUCCCCGAACAUGCCCUCGCCGACUUCCCCUCCGACACUUGGCGGCGCGACUUUGGGCUCUCGAUCCUAUCGCUCCGACCGCUCCGAAGCCCCGACGCCUUCUACACGAUCCACAUUUGCCGAAAACGACCAUGGUUACAAAGGCCGGGAACAGCAAACGGCGCCGAAACGCGGACCGACCCCAGCCCCCGAUACACCAAGCACGAGUAACGCAUCUGUCGAGAUCUUCAAGUCAUUCCGAGUCAGUAUGGACGACCCGUGCUACAAGGUGCUGCCCGCCGCCCUCAAAAAAUACCAAAUCAAUGCACCAUGGGAUCAGUACGCCCUGUAUAUUGUCUAUGGCGAUCAGGAGCGGUGCUUGGGGCUGGAGGAGAAACCUCUGAUCCUAUUCAAGCAGCUGGAUAAAGAGGGCAAGAAACCAAUGUUCAUGUUACGAAAGACGAAUAACGCACAAGUCGAUGCGUCGUCAGAACAACCAGGGAGCGCCGGGCUGGGAGCCAGAGGCGCGACAACGGGCUAUGAUCCGCCUGGUGGUAUCAUUUAGGGGGUGAUACCACUACUGAUCAUACUCGAAGCUUAUCCUUCCUCGAUUUGACUUAUUUCCCGUCCGAUUGUUUGAGUGGACACCAGCCGCGUGUAGGAUGCGGGGCUGGGAGCUCGACAGGACCAGAGCAUACUGGAGUUGGGGUUCACCUGCAUAGCGCUGCGCGGAAGAGAGACGACUGACUGCUUUGGAAUACUGUCGCGGAAACAAUGUGUGGGUUCGAUUGGGCGGGGGUUUUCUCCACGGUGUUUCGUCUCGCAACUGUUCCUGGGCUGUCCAAACUCGAAACGUGGAUCUGAGCAAAUACUGUUUUUUUUGUGUACGAGCUCUCAAGCCUUGACCAGACGAGACAUCGGGCCAUCAAAUGCCCGUCAUGGAGCACUUUUUUUGAUUUCUUCUCGAAGCUAUCUGGAGUCUUGUGCUCUCGAAGAUCUAGGGUCUAUCCAACUGGGGCUUACGCUGGGUGUAAGCGGGGAGUAGAGCAAGGUGAUUGUUUGUCAUGUUGUAUUAGGACAGGGUGUGGUCUGAUGAGACUUGGAGCGAACGUGUAACCAACACCUCGGGGAGUGGGUGGCAGGAUAUUUCUUGGGUUUGGGAGGGUGGC